UCAAGGGAGUGAAGAGGCGAUUCUAGUGUUAGAUGAACAGCUUGGCAAUGCGUUAAAUCAUAGUCGAAGCUCUCUCUCUCUGUCGCACGCUUUUUGUUUGUUAUAUAGUGUCUCUGACUUCGGCUACAAAGUGAAAAAUCUGAGAGUUUCUUAAGGAAAACGCUACCUGGAUGCAGGGAUAUCUGGACACCUCACAAUGGAUGGAUUGAGGACAAAGUGUUGAAUUUUUUUCAGCAUUUCACCCUGAAUGAAACAGAGGAGUGUUGGGAUGUCGUGGCUGUUGUUGAUGUGGGUCAGUCUUACAGUCCUGCUCAUGAGUGAGGGCACAUUUUAUGAGACCAUACAGCAGCACCUGGCCCCACCCGGAACCAACAUACAGAUCCUCGAAGGAGGGACAUGCGAGGUGAUUGCCGCGCACAGAUGCUGUAACAAAAACAAGAUUGAGGAGAGAUCUCAGACGGUGAAGUGCUCCUGUUUACCAGGGAAGGUGGCAGGAACCACAAGGAAUAAACCCUCCUGCGUUGACGCCUCCAUAGUGAUUGGGAAGUGGUGGUGUGAGAUGGAGCCAUGUCUGGAGGGAGAAGAGUGCAAGACUUUACCAGACAACUCCGGUUGGAUGUGCUACUCGGGGAACAAGAUCAAAACCACAAGGAAUACCCAUCCAUAUCCCUCCUUGUAGCAAACCGUUUUACAGCAAGGCUCAUGAUGGAAGAACUUCAUAAAGGGAAGCGUUCAAGACGACUGACUAAAUAAAAUUAUCCAACCACAAAAACAGUAGCAAGGCUUGAUAAGAAGAGGUCCUCUGCUCAAACGUCCAUCUGUCUCUUAUUCUCGGCAUCAAGGACACUUUCUGAGAAAAUCUCUGUGGGCUGUGAACACUGCUGGUCCAUUAUUUUGUUUUUGUUUGACAACUGUCAAAUAUUUGUUUUUUGCCCUGUGAGUCUUGGAUAAUUAAACUCAUAUCCCUUUGCGUGGAUUGCACUCAAGCCAGCUUUACUUAUCCUAAAAUAAUCUUCUGUAAGAUCCCCGGAUGUUCUCCGGUCUCCAGAAGUGACUGAUCAAACGACUUCUCCUGCUGUAUGUAAUAAUUAACUCUUCCUAUUAAUGUGGACGGCGGAUUUUGAGGAGUGGGACUUGUGACACUUAUCUUCUAAAGACAAUUUGUGCAUCAGCUAUUCAGAAUGCUGUAGAUGAUCUUGGGGUUACUGAUUCUGAUUAAUGAUCCUUGCAAUGGUUUUGUGUCCAUACAAUAGAAGUGAAUGGGUGCCGGCGAUGUUUGGUUGCCAACUUUCUUUUGUGUUCUGCUUAAGAAAGUCAAUCACACAGGUUUGAAAUGACAAGAGGAUGAGUAAAUGAUGACAGAAUUUUCUUUUUGAGUGAACUAUUCCUUAAACAUGUCUCAAAUUGCUAAAGAUACUGUUUAUAUUAUUUGUGGCUAUAGUACUUUGAAAAAUUGAGCAAUCAAGGCUUAACUGAAGUGUUACGAAUAUUAACACGUCUAAUUAAAACCUAAUAGACCAUCACUUUGAAUAUAUAUAUAUAUAUAAACAUUGUGAAUUUAAUACUGAAGUUAAUGAAGCCUGAUUGAAAUAUGCUGGUGCAUGCAUAUAUAAAAAUACAUGACAUUUAAAUAUUCUGAAUCAAACUCAUUUCCCGCUAUUCAAUACAACAUACACAUUUAACGGUACAUCAGUAUAUUGUGUAUUUUGUGUAUAGUUACUUCUGGUCUUUUGAAUUGACCGGUGCAAACUGGAAAAACUGGUCUCUGGAUAUGUGCAGACAGCACUGAAGGACAUUCUGUGGAAAUUCUGACACCCGCUGGGACAUUUACCUGUCGUUUACAUUCAGAAAUAGUCCUCUCCACUCGGAGCAGCUGAGGGCCAGAGCACAUGCUCGCUCCGAAUAUGUAGCUCCAGCAUUCUAAGCAGGGAGCCCAGAUCAUGAGAGCCCCAGUGUUGCUGUCAGCAUGCAGAGAGGAGCUCUAACUACAGGCUGAGUGAAUACAGAUCACUACAUUUACAGUCCUUCACGCGGGACAGCGGGGGAUGAACUUUAGUCCUCACCUUCAGCGAAGCAUUAGUGGAAUUUCAAAUAGAUGACACCAGGGUAUCCGAGUGGAAAAAUGAAUAUACAGAAAUCUUAAGCAAAUAUCAGCAUUUUAUCCUCAGGCAGAGGUUUUGCUGAAGCUCCGUGCCAUACUCGAUGUUUGGCAAAUGAAAAAGUUCUUAUGUGUUUUACAAAAGACAAAGACUUCUAUUCCAUUAAAAGUGGAAUCACAGUA